UAAGGGGAAAAGGAAAUACAUAAGAAAGAGGUUUGCUUUCGCGACUCUAUCGUAUUGGCAGAAACCAGAAAGAGCGAUGGGGAUGGCGAGAGACAGCUGCUUGGCUCGCGUCACUGCCGGCGUAGCGAUUGGCGGCGCCGUUGGCGGAGCGGUCGGUGCCGUUUAUGGGACAUAUGAGGCUAUCAGAUAUAAGGUGCCGGGAUUACUGAAGAUAAGAUAUAUCGGGCAAACCACUCUGGGAAGUGCAGCUGUUUUUGGACUCUUUUUGGGUGCUGGCAGUUUGAUACAUUGCGGGAAGUCUUAUUGAUUGCUGUUGGAGUCUUUUGAGCAUGCUGGGUGUGCCGAGUUCUGAAUCGUUUUGGGAUUUUAGUUUGUCUUGAACUAAUCAUGUUUGUCUAUUACAUCAAAUAUUGUAAUGAGCAGGUACCGGAAAAGCAAAUUAAGUUAAUUUGUUUCGACCCAAAGGUGAUGUUAAAAACUUAAAAUCAAGUAAUGGGUGUCACAACCGCCUGAGUGAGUUGCAAUCAAAAUAAUUAUGAAACUUGAUAAGAUGUCCUCUUUACAAUG